CCUUACUGCUGCAGAUUAUCGCAGAAAAAUAACAAGAAGCGGAAAUGUAUAAAGACUAGAUGCUGCGAGGUUCCCGCUAUUAACGUCCUAUCGGAGAAGCAAUGAAAGUCACUACAGAAUAUCUAAUCAUCUGUGCUUUGGUUACAGUCACCAGCGCUCAAUUCGAUCGAAGCUGGUCCGAUAGUUCAAACGAUGGUACCCAAUCGUACACAAAAUCCCGGCCAAACCAAUCAUCAGGUCAACCGGCAGCGGUAACACCCACUCAAGAGCAACGGGCAAUAAACUUUCAGAAUCGGGCCUUGGAACGACUGUUUUUGCACUCUUUCCCGGCAACCAUACCGGUGGAGUUCCGCGAUGCCGUAGUAGAGCUUUACUUUCACAGUCAGCGGGAACUGGACGUUUGCGCCGAGUUUCUUUGGGAAACACAUCUGCUGAAGGAGUACCGCCGGUGUGCUACUUUGACGCGAUUAGCCAUUUCGCGGCAGGUGAAAAUUUUGGCGGAAGAGAUUCGAGAGUUGACCGUAGCCGAGAAUGACUAUCUGGACUACUAGGGUGAAAUUAAUGUGGCUAUGAAAUUUCAUAGACAUAAAAAAUCCAUAUUCGCAAAACCAAGUAAUUCCUUUUUUACAAAACAAAGAAUUAGUUAUAGUUUCUAGCUGAAAAAAACCUGUAAAUAUCCGUUAAAUUAACUGUAACAAAAAGCGUUCAUCAAAUAUAACGAAACAUUUUGUACGAUAUGAAAACUA